AUGGCUGUCCAGACAGCGAAGUGUUCUCCCCAAAGGAGCUCCCUCUCCUUCAGCGUUCUCCCCAAGGGAGCUCUCUCUCCUUCAGCGUUCUCCCCAAGGGAGCUCCCUCUCCUUCAGUGUUCUACCCAAGGGAGCUCCCUCCCCUUCAGUAUUCUCCUCAAAGGAGCUUCCUCCCCUUCAGUGUUCUCCCCAAGGGAGCUCCCUCCCCUUCAGUGUUCUACCCAAGGGAGCUCCCUCUCCUUCAGUGUUCUACCCAAGGGAGAUCCCUCCCCUUCAGUAUUCUCCUCAAAGGAGCUUCCUCCCCUUCAGUGUUCUCCCCAAGGGAGCUCCCUCCCCUUCAUUGUUCUACCCAAGGGAGCUCCCUCUCCUUCAGUGUUCUCCCCAAGGGAGCUCCGUCACCUUCAGUAUUCUCCCCAAGGGAGCUCCCUCACCUUCAGUGUUCUCCCCAUUGGAGCUCCUCCUUCAGCGUUCUCCCAGAGGGAGCUCCCUCUCCUUCAGCGUUCUCCCCAAGGGAGCUCCCUCUCCUUUAGCGUUCUCCCCAAGGGAGCUCCCUCUCCUUCAGUGUUCUACCCAAGGGAGCUCCCUCCCCUUCAGUAUUCUCCUCAAAGGAGCUCCCUCUCCUUCACUGUUCUCCCCAAGGGAGCUCACUCUCCUUCAGCGUUCUCCCCAAGGGAGCUCCCUCCCCUUCAGUGUUCUCCCCAAGGGAGCUUCCUCCCCUUCAGCGUUCUCCCCAAGGGAGCUCCCUCUCCUUCAGUGUUCUCCCCAAGGGAGCUCCCUCACCUUCAGUAUUCUCCCCGAGGGAGCUCCCUCUCCUUCAGUGUUCUACCCAAGGGAGCUCCAUUUCCUUCAGUGUUCUCCCCAAGGGAGCUUCCUCCCCUUCAGCGUUCUCCCCAAGGGAGCUCCCUCUCCUUCAGUGUUCUCCCCAAGGGAGCUCCCUCUCCUUCAGUGUUCUCCCCAAGGGAGCUCCCUCACCUUCAGUGUUCUCCCCAAGGGAGCUCCCUCUCCUUCAGUGUUCUACCCAAGGGAGCUCUAUUUCCUUCAGCGUUCUCCCCAAGGGAGCUCCCUCUCCUUCAGUGUUCUCCCCAAGGGAGCUCCCUCACCUUCAGUGUUCUCCCCAAGGGAGCUCCCUCUCCUUCAGUGUUCUCCUCAUGGGAGCUCCCUCUCCUUCAGUGUUCUACCCAAGGGAGCUCUAUUUCCUUCAGCGUUCUCCCCAAGGGAGCUCCCUCUCCUUCAGUGUUCUCCCCAAGGGAGCUCCCUCCCCUUCAGUGUUCUCCCCAAGGGAGCUUCCUCCCCUUCAGCGUUCUCCCCAAGGGAGCUCCCUCACCUUCAGUGUUCUCCCCAAGGGAGCUCCCUCUCCUUCAGUGUUCUCCCCAAGGGAGCUCCCUCUCCUUCAGUGUUCUCCCCAAGGGAGCUCCCUCACCUUCAGUGUUCUCCCCAAGGGAGCUCCCUCUCCUUCAGCGUUCUCCCCAAAGGAGCUCCCUCUCCUUCAGCGUUCUCCUCGAGGGAGCUCCCUCUCCUUCAGCGUUAUCCCGAAGUGAGCUCUCUCUCCUUCAGCGUUCUCCCCGAGUGAGCUCCCUCUCCUUCAGCGUUCUCCCCGAGGGAGCUCCCUCCCCUUCAGCGUUCUCCCCGAGGGAGCUCCCUCUCCUUCAGUGUUCUACCCACGGGAGCUCCCUCCCCUUCAGCGUUCUCCCCAAGGGAGCUCCCUCUCCUUCAGUGUUCUACCCAAGGGAGCUCCUCCCCUUCAGUAUUCUCCCCAAGGGAGCUCCCUCUCCUUCAGUGUUCUACCCUAGAGAGCUCCCUCCCCUUCAGCGUUCACCCCAAAGGAGCUCCCUCUCCUUCAGUGUUCUACCCAAGGGAGCUCCCUCUCCUUCAGUGUUCUACCCAAGGGAGCUCCCUCCCCUUCAGUGUUCUCCCCAAGGGAGCUUCCUACCCUUCAGUAUUCUCCCCAAGGGAGCUCCCUCUCCUUCAGUGUUCUACCCUAGAGAGCUCCCUCUCCUUCAGUGUUCUUCACAAGGGAGCUCCCUCUCCUUCAGUGUUCUCCCCAAGGGAGCUCCCUCUCCUUCAGUGUUCUACCCAAGGGAGCUCCCUCCCCCUCAGCGUUCACCCCAAAAGAGAUCCCUCCCCUUCAGCGUUCACCCCAAAGGAACUCCCUCCCCUUCAAUGUUCUCCCCAAGGGAGCUCCCUCUCCUUCAGCGUUCUCCCCAAGGGAGCUCCCUCACCUUCAGUGUUCUCCCCAAGGGAGCUCCCUCCCCUUCAGCGUUCUCCCCGAGGGAGCUCCCUCUUCUUCAGUGUUCUCCCCAAGGGAACUCACUCUCCUUCAGUGUUCUCCCCAAGGGAGCUCCCUCUCCUUCUGUGUUCUCCCCAAGGGAGCUCCCUCACCUUCAGUGUUCUCCCCAAGGGAGCUCCCUCUCCUUCAGCGUUCUCCCCAAGGGAGCUCCCUCCCCUUCAGCGUUCACCCCGAGGGAGCUCCCUCUCCUUCAGUGUUCUACCCAAGGGAGCUCCCUCCCCUUCAGUAUUCUCCCCAAGGGAGCUCCCUCUCCUUCAGUGUUCUACCCAAGAGAGCUCCCUCCCCUUCAGCGUUCAUCCCAAGGGAGCUCCCUCUCCUUCAGUGUUCUCCCCAAGCGUUCAUCCCAAAAGAGAUCCCUCCCCUUCAGUGUUCUCCCCAAGGGAGCUCCCUCACGUUCAGUGUUCUCCCCAAGGGAGCUCCUUCCCCUUCAGCGUUCACCCCAAAGGAGCUCCCUCCCCUUCAGUGUUCUACCCAAGAGAGCUCCCUCCCCUUCAGCGAUCACCCCAAAGGAGCUCCCUCUCCUUCAGUGUUCUACCCAAGGGAGCUCCCUCCCCUUCAGCGUUCACCCCAAAGGAGCUCCCUCUCCUUCAGGGUUCUACCCAAGGGAGCUCCCUCUCCUUCAGCGUUCUAUUCAAGGGAGCUCCCUCUCCUUCAGUGUUCUCCCCAAGGGAGCUCCCUCUCCUUCAGUAUUCUCCCCAAGGGAGCUCCCUCCUCUUCAGUGUUCUCCCCAAGGGAGCUCCCUCCCCUUCAGUGUUCUCCCCAAGGGAGCUUCCCCCCUUCAGUGUUCUCCCCAAGGGAACUCCCUCUCCUUCAGCGUUCUCCCCAAGGGAGCUCCCUCUCCUUCAGCGUUCUCCCCGAGGGAGCUCCCUCUCCUUCAGCGUUCUCACCGAGGGAGCUCCCUCUCCUUCUGUGUUCUCCCCAAGGGAGCUCCCUCUCCUUUAGUGUUCUCCCCAAGGGAGCUCCCUCUCCUUCAGUGUUCUACCCAAGGGAGCUCCCUUUCCUUCGGCGUUCUCCCAAAGGAAGCCCCCUCUCCUUUAGUGUUCUUCCCUAGGGAGCUCCCUCUCCUUCAGUUUCCUCCCCAAGGGAGCUCCCUCCCCUUCAGUGUUCUCCCCAAGGGAGCUCCCUCUCCUUCAGCGUUCUCCCCAAGGGAGCUCCCCCUCCUUCAGCGUCCUCCCCAAGGGAGCUCCCUCUCCUUUAGCGUCCUCCCUAAGGGAGCUCCCUCUCCUUCAGCGUUCUCCCCAAGGGAGCUCCCUCUCCUUCAGCGUCCUCCCGAAGGGAGCUCCAUCUCCUUUAGUGUUCUCCCCAAGGGAGCUCCCUCUCCUUCAGUGUUCUACCCAAGGGAGCUCCCUUUCCUUCGGCGUUCUCCCAAAGGAAGCCCCCUCUCCUUUAGUGUUCUCCCCAAGGGAGCUCCCUCUCCUUCAGUUUCCUCCCCAAGGGAGCUCCCUCCCCUUCAGUGUUCUCCCCAAGGGAGCUCCCUCUCCUUCAGCGUUCUCCCCAAGGGAGCUCCCUCUCCUUCAGCGUCCUCCCCAAGGGAGCUCCCUCUCCUUCAGCGUCCUCCCCAAGGGAGCUCACUCCCCUUCAGCGUUCUCCCCAAGGGAGCUCCCCCUCCUUCAGUGUUCUCCGCAAGGGAGCUCCCUCUCCUUCAGCGUUCUCCUUUUAAUAUCUGCCAUCACCUUUAG